AUGUCUGGUACUCAAAAAACCGACGGCAGUCUACGUCUGGAUGUUUCCACUAACGGUGAUGACAUUGGCGAAGCAUUUGCAGUUCGAAAUUCCAACAAAACUUACGACAUGAAAGCAGUGGAUGACAGCGUUGAAGCUGAUAUCGUGCCUCAUCGAUAUGAAGUUGGAUCACGACUCCGACGGGCCCUAUACGAGCUAGAUCGACGGCAAGAUUCCUCGGAGCGAAAAUCGAAAAGUAAAUUGUAA